AUGUCCAUCCAGUACAUCAGAAACCCGGAAUACCCCGGCUCGAAACAUGCUACCCCGGCGACUAUCAUGGGGAACAUCGUCUUUGUCUCUGGCCAGACUGGUGAUGGCGAGAUCGAGGGCGCUGCUCUCACGGCUCUUGAGCAGAUCAAGAUGAUCUUGGGCCACGCGGGGUCCGGUGUCAACAAGAUUGGGAAGUGCAACAUCUACUUGGCGGAUAUGGACAACUUUAACAGGAUGAAUGUGGUAUACGUCAAGUGGUUCGCAGAUCAGGAUGUCCCCACCCCUGCUCGGACUUGCGUCGCUCCUGCUCGGUUACCUCACGGUGCAUCAUUCGAGAUUGAGUGCAUAGCAUGUCUAUAA